CCUUACACAUCUGCCUUUCCUUUGGGAGCAGGAGGUGGCUCAGAUGCCUCUGAAGGAGCUGAUGCUUCUGUAAUUGCCAGUGGCCUGUGCUCAGCUCCCUGGAAACCUUGUGCCUGAGGACAGACCACCCUGAGUUCUGCUGCCUGGGGACUGAGCUGUUGCUCUUCUUUUCCAGGCUGCAGCGGCCAACAUGGAUUUUCUCAUCAUCUGCCCCUUUCUACUGGCCUUGCUGCUGUGCCAGGGCAGCUUCACAGACCUGGAGAAACAGAGAGUAGACUCUGGCUUGGAAAUCUAUAAGAAGCUGUUUGAGGUGAAGCGCAAGGACCAGAUGAAUGCUCUGAAGAACUUGAUUGAGCUCAAUGACGUCAACCAGCAGUACAAAAUCAUUGACAUCAUGCUCAAGGGACUCUUCAAAGUGCUGGAGGACUCCCGUGCUGUCCUUAUCGCUGCUGAUGUGCCUCCUGAUGGGCCCUUCCCUCAGGAUGAGAAGAUAAAGGAUGCAUACUCCCAUGUGGUGGAGAACACUGCCUUCUUCGGGGAUGUCGUCCUGCGCUUCCCCAAGAUUGUGCACCACUACUUCGACCGCAACUCCAACUGGAACAGCCUCAUCCGCUGGGGCAUCGGCUUCUGCAACCUGACGGGUGUGUUCGAGCAGGGACCCCACUCCCAGGUCCUGCGGCUGAUGGCUCAGGAGCUAGGAAUCAGUGAGAAAUCGCCCGAUUACCGCAAUCCCUUUAAAACGGACCAGUCAGAGUUUUUCCCCAGUGCUGACACCUUUCAGAAGGCGCUGCGGGAUGAGGAGAAGAGGAGGAGGAAGGAAGAGAAGCGGAAGGAGAUCCGCAAGGGCCCACGCAUCUCCCGCUCACAGUCGGAGCUGUAGCUGGAACUUGUGCCUUGCAGUGGGGGUGACACCACUGGGACACAGAGCGGCUUGCUCCCUUUUUGGCAGCUUUGGGCCAGUGCCUGGCCGUACCCUUUCCAUUUGUGCUGUGGGUUUUGUUUUGUUGCCUUUUGUUUUUGUUCCGUGGAGGUUGCGUGCUGGUGCUGGUUGCCCCAAAUGGGCUAAAGUGGGAUAUCCCUUCCGCAGAGGUAAAGCACAGACAGGGCAACACUGUAGCCAUCCCCUGGUCAGGGUGUUGCUGCCUCUGGGGAAGUAGGGUGUGGGGGACACCUCUCUGACAUUUCCCUCCUCACUGCAGCACACCCCACGCUGAAGGUGCCUCCUCCAACACGCGUGGGCUGGGGCAUAUGUCACACCAAACAGCCUCAUGAGCAAUGCUGCUUCUCUCAGUUUUGCUUUUUGUUUAGUUAAACGGGUGAUCUCACUGGCACCCCCCACUGGGUUCUACCUGGUCUCUGCACAGCUGCUACCUCUGCCAGAUCAGACCUUCCCUUUUCCCAGCGGCUGUUUCACCGAGCAAUGUGUGUUUCAUUGUCCAGAUGUAGUUGGAAAUGCCGAUGGCAGCUGUUCCUGGCCCAUGGCAUCUCGGGGCCACUGCAGGUCCCACAGAGGUUCCCACAGAGAGGCGAAUGCCCGGUGAAUUUUUGGACAGGAGGAAUUUCGGUACUUAGCCUCUUUGUAGCCAGUGGGUGGCUGCAGCGCAAGCAAUGCUGAUGCUGAAGAUGCUGGGGAACUAGCCCUGAGCCACUGAGAGCCUGUCCUGCAGCCUAUGCCCCAUCCCUUCUCUUUGGGGCUCAUCCUCUCUAAAUGAGUCCCCAAAACCCCUUGUCAGAGGGCAGCCAGAUGAGGGCGUGUGGUGAUAGCAGGGCCAAAGUAGGGAGGGAGACAACUUGAGGGGCUGCCAUAGGGACAGAGGUGAGGGGCUGGCCCAGGACCCGACACAGCCACCCUGUGAUUCCUCACCUGUGCUGAUGACCUCACACCAGAGCAGGCUCUUGCUUCCCCAAGGAGCUGGUUCACUGUGUCAGGCUGGCAGCAUCACAGCCUUUAAGGAAAGGGAAACGUCCCAGAUUUUUUGACAGCAGAGCCAAGUCCCUCCAUUGAGGGGAGGGGGUGGCAAUGGGUGCAUUUGGUUUUUCUUGAAUAAAAUUGACUUUAUUUUUUUCUUAA